UCUCAAUCCAAAACAAACUGAUGUUUUUCGGGAGGAAUUUGGGCAAAAGCAUGCAGAUGAAAAGACGCCACUGUUGCGUGCGGUCGGCCAAAUUGGCCCUUGGCCUCUGCCUGGCGGCUGCGCUGCUGAUCUUCCUACUUGGACGCUUCGGUAGCGACAAAACAAGAGUGAGCACAAACAUUUCCACGGGCACCUGUGGUGGGACGCAAAACCACUCGUCUAUUCGGAGCCCCAGCGGUUUGGAAAAUUCCAAGCUAGCUCACGGUGCGGCAGAGGACUGCGACGACACCGCCAUCCAAACUCUUUUCCCUUACAUCAUCAACCAAGCGGACAAAUGUCGAGAGCGCCUCGCCGCUCCGUUUCUCGUGUUUCUAAUCACGACGGAAGCUUGGCAGGUGUACGCGAGGGAGGCCAUCCGACUGACGUGGGCCAAUGAGACUUUGAUCCCGGGCGUGUCGGUGGUUCGCCUCUUCUUGCUGGGAAGACCGGGCGAGGGCCAGAUGGCGACCCGCCUGCAAAGGCUGCUCCGGUGGGAGAGUCAAAAAUAUCACGACCUGAUCCAGCAGGACUUUCUGGAUUCCUACAACAACCUGACCCUUAAGACCUUGAUGGGCCUGCACUGGGUUGCCCGCUACUGCUCAGGGGCCAGCUACGUCAUGAAGACCGACUGCGACAUGUUCAUCAACACGGAGAACCUCGUUUGGAAGCUGCUGAGACCGGAGCGAGAGCCCAGGAUGAACUACUUCACGGGAAAAGUCCUCCGCGAUUCGUCGCCUUUUCGCGACAAUAGCAGCAAGUGGUACAUUUCCACGGAGGAGUACCCAGAACGGACCUAUCCUCCCUUCUGCUCCGGGACGGGCUACGUGUUCUCUGGAGACUUGGCUGGCAAAAUCUACGAGACGUCCCGGAGCAUGCGCCUGAUGCACCUAGAGGACGUGCACGUGGCGCUGUGCUUGGCCAAGCUGGGCUUGGAGCCCAGCGACCCGCCCAAUAUCUUUCUGUUCAACAUAUUGCGCGUGUCCGCCCGAAGAUGCGAGUACAACCGACUGAUCACGUCUCACGGCUUCAAGCCCAACGAAAUUGUACAGUACUGGAGGAUGCAGCAGAGGAACAAGGCAAAAUGUACGACCAUGGGGUUCUGAUCAAAUCCAGGAAGAACCUCGUCAUGUCACUUGGCAGAUCUUUUUGUGUGCAAAGAAUAAAAAAGUUGCUUAUGAUGA